UCGAAUAAAAACUGCACCCAACUUCCGAGGCGCCCUCAUUGCCAGCUGGACCCCAGCCUCCAACAGGUUCGGGCGCCGUGGUAGCCCCGUGCUCCGCUGCCCCCCGCCCAGCGCCCGGCCCCUCCGGCUCCACUCGCUUGCUUUCUCGGCCGCUCCGACGCCAUGGACACGUUCUGGUGGCGCGCAGCUUGGGGACUCUGCCUCGUGCAGCUGAGUCUGGCGCAGAUCGAUCUCAAUAUAACCUGCCGAUACGCAGGUGUAUUCCACGUGGAGAAGAAUGGUCGCUACAGCAUCUCGAAGACUGAGGCUGCUGACCUCUGCAAGGCCUUCAAUUGUACGCUGCCCACCAUGGCCCAGAUGGAGGCAGCCCUGCUCGUAGGGUUUGAGACCUGCAGGUACGGUUUCAUAGACGGGCACGUGGUGAUUCCCCGGAUCCACCCCAAUUCCAUCUGUGCUGCAAACAACACGGGAGUGUACAUCCUUACAUCCAAUACCUCCCAGUAUGACACGUAUUGCUUCAAUGCCUCAGCUCCACAUGAAGAAGACUGUACAUCAGUCACAGACCUACCCAAUGCCUUUGAAGGACCAAUUACCAUAACUAUUGUUAACCGUGAUGGCACCCGGUACACCAAGAAAGGGGAAUACAGAACUAACCCCGAUGACAUCAACCCCAGCACCGCUCCCGAGGAGGACAUGAGCAGUGGAUCCUCCAGUGAGAGAAGCACUUCAGGGGGCUACAACAUCUUCCACAGCCAUCUUCCAACCGUGUACCCGACCCUGGACCAAGAUAGCCCCUGGGUCUCCAGCAACCCAGAGACUACCCCGGCUACCAUUACUUCAACCGUGCACUCAAACAGCCUUGCAGCAGCUCAGGAGCAAAAUAACUGGAUAUGGCCCUCGUUUGAUAAUUCACAGCCUAAGACUCAGGAUCAGACAACAACAGCAAUGGCAGCUUUGAUGAGCACUAGUGAUACAACUUCCAAAACAACAACCGAGAGGCAAGAAGCCCAGGAUUGGUUUUCUUGGUUGUUUCAGCCAUCAGCAUCCAAGAUUCAUCUUCACACCACAACAAUAAUGGCUGGUACGGAUUCAAAUAUCAUCUCAGCAGGCUGGGAGCCAACUGAAGAAAAUGAAGAUGAAAGUGACAGACACCCCAGUUAUUCUGGAUCAGGCAUUGAUGAUGAUGAAGAUUUUAUCUCCAGCACCAUUGCAACCACACCACGGGUUUUUAACCACACACAACAGAACCAGGAUUGGACGCAACUGAGCCCAGGCCAUUUGAAUCCAGAAGUAUCACUUCAGACAGCCACAAGGAUGACUGAUGUGGACAGAAGUAGCACCAGUGCUUAUGGAGAAAAAUGGACCCAGGAAACACACUCUUCUCUCAGUCACCAUGGAUAUCACGAUGAAGAGGAGACCCAGAAUCCUACAAGCACAACCCGGGCACCCCCUACUAGUACAACAGAAGAAACAGCUACCCAGAAAGAGCAAUGGUUUGAGAAUGGAUGGCCUGGGGAAUAUCCCCAAAUGCCAAAAGAAGACUCUCAUUCAACAGCAGGCACAACUGCAGCCUCAGCCCAUGACAGCCAUCCAAAUCAAAGAGUGACAAUGCAGAGCCAAGAGGACCGUUCCUGGACUUAUUUCUCCGACCCAGUCUCACAUCCAAUGGGACGAGGUCAUCAAACAGAAAGAAGGAUGGAUAUGCACACCAGCCGUAGUACAACACUUCAGCCUUCUGCAGAUCCAAACACAGGUUUGGUGGAAGACUUGGACAGCACAGGACCUCUUUCAGUGACAACUCAGCAGAGUGGUACUCAAAGCUUCUCGACAUCACAUGGAGGCUUGGAAGAAGACAAAGACCAUCCCAUGACUGCUACUCCAACAUCUAGCAAUAGGAAUGAUGGCAGAGGUGGCAGAAGAGGUGGAAAUCUUCCUGAAGACUCAGCUGCUUCAGUGGAAGGUUAUACUCCUUAUUCUCCAGACACAAAUGAAUACAGAACCCUCAUCCCAGUGACCCCUGCUAAGACUGGGUCCCCUGAAGUUACUAUUGUUGGAGAUUCUACUUCUAAUGUUGAUCUUUCUUUACCAGAAGACCAAGACUCAUCCCGUGACCCCAGCGGGAGGUCCUAUACAACUCAUGGAUCCGAAUCAGCUGGGCACUCAAGUGGGAGUCAGGAACGUGGGGCAAACACAACCUCAGGUCCUAUGCGGAAACCUCAAAUUCCAGAAUGGCUGAUCAUCUUGGCAUCUCUCCUGGCCCUGGCUUUGAUUCUUGCAGUUUGCAUCGCUGUCAACAGCAGGAGAAGGUGUGGGCAGAAGAAAAAGCUGGUAAUCAACAAUGGUAAUGGCACCAUGGAGGAGAGAAAGCCCAGUGGACUCAAUGGAGAAGCUAGCAAGUCUCAGGAGAUGGUGCAUUUGGUGAACAAGGAGUCGUCAGAGACCCCAGACCAGUUUAUGACCGCAGAUGAGAGGCGGAACCUGCAGAAUGUGGACAUGAAGAUUGGGGUGUAACACCUACUCCGUGACCUUGGAAAGAAACCAUUGUCAGAGACAUAAUUUUUACAGGGAGCUGGGACACUUCACAGAUGCGAUAUUCUACUGAUUGUUUCAUUGGGAAUCUUUUUUCAGCAUAAAAUUUUCUAUUCCUUUUUGGGGUUUUUUGUGUGUGUGUUUUGUUUCUAAAAGUCCAUUCCAAUUCAUAAAAACCGCAUUGCUUUCUGAAAUGAGGGCCCAGUUUAUAAUCGGCAAGAAUUUGACUGUUCCAGUUCCCACCUAGAAGCCUUUCACCCGCUCUGGGGUGUGCUAUGGACGGCUUCUAGCAAAAGCCACACAUCCAUCUUCCUGAUCCUCAACCUUCCCUCCACCCCACCGACCAGGGAACAGCCACCUGCUAAGGACAUCCCCCAGGGCUAAGAGGGAUUGGUCCCUGGGAGGAAAUUUGAAUGGGUCCACAUUGCCCUUCCAGCAGCCCAAUCCCAGGACAUUUCUUUCCAGUGGGGUAGGGGAAGGGGGUGCACUGGUCACACAUCCCCUCCUACAGACCCCCUGGAAAAUUUUCAGACGCUUCUGGAAAAUACCCAAACGGUGAAGCUAUUUAUCUGUAGUAAGCUAUUUAUCUGUGUUUUUGAAAUAUGAAACCCUGGAGGUCCUUUGAUCAGAAUGAUUAUUUUGUUGUUGUUACUUUGUCAGAGGCAUAAAAGGGUUUACGCUAAUUCAUAAUAAACAUCUUUACUUCUUCCACUUUAA